UGAAGUUGAAACAUUCAGCAAAUCCUUUGUUUAGAUUUCAGUGAAAAAUUCAAAUAAACUUGGCAUCAGAUAUAUGUUUCCCUGGGCGCAUUCAAAUUUCAAAAUUUUCUCAUUCUCUCCAUCUUUUUUACGUCUGUUUUUUUCUCUUAAACAGUCAAUCCAUACUUUCCUCCUAUAGUCCUCUCCAUUCCAAUAUGAAGCAAGAAGCAAUUCAUGAAGUGAAAUUACCUUUGUGGGUGGAACAUAUCAAUGCAUUCUUUCACCUGCCCAACCCAAGAAUCUUCACACUCUUCACCAUCAGCAGCACAGUCACAUUCUCAUUAGGCCUUGCCAUGAUUGUGGAAUUGGUUUUACAUGGUGAACAUCACCAGGGAUACGGCUGGAUCGCUUACUACGCCCCGUUAACAAUCACUCUCCCAGUUUCUAUGUGGAUCAUCUGCAUCAUCUCUGCACUUUUUCUUCCCUACAAGGAUCAAAAUAUGAAUGCAGUACUGUCAUUAUCUGAUCCUUCACAUGGCAAGCCAUCAUCAGAUCAGCAGCCCAAAAGAGAACAACAGAUGCAGGAUCAGCAGCCAAAAGACCCUGCUUCUGUAACCUUGGAAAGAAUAUUUUCUCUGCCAAUCUCAAAGACUACUACUGCUAGUGACAACAAUUUGGAGCGUUCAAGGAGUUGUCCAUGAAUGAUGACAUGA